AUGGAUCCAUAUACCCCUCGAACCCGACCAGGAGGACGCAAAAAGACCUUGGGAUUGUCAGCGAAGGAGUACACAAAAAUCACAGGUACCAUCGCGUCGGUGCGACGACAGAACAGGCUACCCGGCGAUGAUAUCGACGAUGAACCUGCAUCGUCACACAUUUCACGCGAAGGACGUUCAAGAGACCAGGCAAACGAAUCCUCCUUCAUCGCCGAAACUUCCUUCGUUCGCGCCCCAUUGAACUCGCGCGUCGUUUCCACCAGCAGUGCACCCAAGAAAAAAGGGAAAGAGAAACUGGAGCCGCUUGAUCGUGUGCCGUUGGAGAUUCAGGAAGCGAUGAUAUUGGAGGACCUGUUGUAUGUGCUUAUGGGCAUCGAAGGCGCAUACGUGACGUUCCAUCCCGAUUAUUCUCCUGAAGACGAUGAUCCUUUACAAGGGAUUCGGUUCGUGGUAUCUCCAUCCCUAGACUCCUCACUGCGUGAUUUGGUGGAACGAGUUUUACCACUUGGAAUGUACUAUACCGCCAUCUUCGCGUUUGUUGAACACCGAAGCCACCUUGACUAUGGGCUGGUGAAUCACGCGUUAUGUGCCGCAAUCAGAGACAUGCUGAAGGACUACCAAACUCUGCUGUCACAGCUCGAACAUGCAUUCAAUACCUCACCCCAAUUUUCGCUCCAAAAGCUCUGGUUUUACGUUCACCCCACAAUCCAUACCCUAUCCCUAAUUUAUCAUCUCAUUCUGGAACUAGCAACAGCCGACGACCCAGCUGCAGACGGGUCAUCAUCAUCUUCAAGUUCAGAUGACGAGGAAGAAGCAGCACGCAACGAAGCGCUCGGGCUUGGUGGCGCGAAGCUCAAAGCCGUCUUAUCCGAGAUCAACAAGAAAGACACGGAUGUCACCGGCAGCAGCGGGAUCUCUGUCAAGGGUGGAGAGGUAUUGACGAUCAUCUAUGAAAGGAUGCAGAACAUGUCGGGGGAUCCGACGGCGAAUAUGCUUUAUGGGACGUUAUUGAAGGCGGCGGGGAAGCCGUAUGUGUCGAUGUUGAGGAUGUGGGUUACGAUGGGGAAGUUGUUGGACCCGCAUGAGGAGCUGUUGGUGAAGGAGAGCAAGUUUAUCGAUAGAGGGAAUUUAGAGAUGGAUUAUACGGAUGAAUAUUGGGAACGGAGGUAUACACUCAGAGACGGUUCGACGUCUUCGUCUUCCAAACGACAUCAUGCUGGGGUACCGCCGCCUCGCUCUGUGGGCGGGCGAUUACCUGGAGGAGCAUGUGUACCGCCGCUUCUGGAGGGCUGGAAACACAAGAUCUUGUUGGCGGGCAAGUACCUUAACGUGAUAAGGGAAUGCGGGAUGGAGGUCAGUCGGGACAAGGGGACGGAAGAUGAAGAUCUAUCAAUGGACGACGAAAGAUUCUACCAGUUCGUCGAAGACGCUUACUCACACGCUAACAAAACUCUCCUCGAACUCCUACUCAAGGAUCAACAGCUCAUUCCGCGUCUUCGGUCCCUCAAGCGAUAUUUCUUCCUCUCUCAGGCAUCAUUCCUGACCCAUCUCCUUGAUCUGUCUGCCACUGAGCUACGCAAAGCCUCAAAAUCAGCCUCCAUCGUCAAGCUGCAAAGCUUGCUUGAUCUGGCGCUGAAUGCGGAUGCACAUGGGGAGGACCUGCUGUUUAGGGAAGAUGUCAAGGUCACGAUGUCCGAGACUGGUUUGUAUGACUUUUUGUUGAAGGUUGUCAAUGUUAGUGGGGUUAUUGGGGGUGAAGAGGGCGGGGAUGGGGAGGCUAAGCAAGCUCAUGAGGAGCAGAAGAAGGAAGAGAAGAAAUCGAUGUUGGCAAUCGACGCUUUGACGUUGGAUUACACCGUUAAAUUCCCCUUAUCCCUCGUCAUAUCGCGCAAGACAAUCCUCCGAUAUCAACUCCUCUUCCGCUUCCUCCUACACCUCAAACACGUCGAACAGUCCCUCUCCUCCAUGUGGAUCGAACAAAAGACGUCGGCAUGGCGCCGUCCCAUGCCUAACCAUCCUGAAUUUGCGGCCUGGCGAAUGCGCGUUUGUUUGUUAAGAUCCCGCAUGCUCGCGUUUGUGCAGCAGAUACUUGCGUUUGCCACAUUUGAGGUCCUUGAACCGAAUUGGCGCGCGCUGGAAGCCAAGUUGGAGAAGGUUACGACGGUCGAUCAGUUGCUGAGAGAUCAUGUGGAUUUUUUGGAUACGUGUUUGAAGGAGUGUAUGUUGACGAGUGAGAAGCUUUUGAAGGCAUACUCGAAAUUGAUCGUGACAUGCUCAACGUUUGGGUUGUACAAUUCAUCAUUGACAAAGUCUGCGAGCCACGCGGCUGCUGGGGGAUCUGCGGCGGAGGAUACGGGUAUGGCGAAGCGGUCGGAUGUACUGAGCAAGUUUGAGACGAAUUUCAAUCAUUGGUUCCAGAUUCACUUGGAUUGCGUACAGUUUUACGCGUCGAGUGAAAAUGUGUCGCUGCUCCCUCUUGUCGUGAGGCUCAACAGUGUCAAAGCUACUGUUUGA